GCCCUGGCAAGCCGCCCUCUGAGUGGCUAUGACGAGCACCAGGCAGCGGGGGAACCAGGAGGCCCACGCCGGCUCCCGCAUCCUAGACUCGGAUCACGUACGGCCCGCUGUCGGGAGAGUCGAAGCGGCUGAGCGGCUGUGUGGAGUCCGGCUCAUGGAUGCCGCUGUCAAGUCGCACGGAGGCAGGCGCGUCGAUUUCCUGUUUUCAAAUUAAAAUAUAUUUCCGGUUUUGUACAACGAUCUCUCGGGAUAGCAUUCAGACACCUUUAAGUAUUUAAUACGCGGUAUAGGUUGGUUCUGUAUUACCUAUCUGUCCAGAUUUGAAUCUGGAAGAAACAAGAACGGUUUCUCACUGAACAGGUCAAACCUGAUUGGGCGCUGCUGGCAUCCAGGCUAAAGAAAAUGCUCUGAUGGGCUGAACAUGACCAUAUAUGGACUGGCAAUCUUCUGGGCCAUGCAAAUAACAACUAACAAGGGUGAGUAAUACCCGGAAAUGUAUCUUAUUCCAACGUCUUCAGAUCAGAUCCUCACCAUUGUCAUGGAGGACAAGAUAUUUGAGGUGAACAAGGGGAAGCUGAUGGAGAAGAGCGACUACUUCCGUGCGCUGUACAGGUCUGGCGUGGGGGAGCACCCUGUGCAGGUGUCAUCCGGACAUGAUGCCCGACAUACCUCCACUGACUCCUCUCCAUUUUGUCAAUAUCAAAAAAUUACGUUGUCUCUCUUCCGCUACUGACACCCUGCGAGAUAUUCUCGGUGGAGGAACCAUCUACCCGGUGGGAGGCUUUGGAACAGUAAAACUAAGGUGAUGCAGUCACCACAGGGUCCGCUGUAAGGCGCAUCUGCCGCUAGGUGGCGACAGCAGCAUAGAGCGGCACGCGGCAGCUGUAUAAUAAGUGGCCGCGAGGAAGUCGACCAAAACAGUCCCAAGUUGACAGCCGAGCUCCGGGGGCACCAAAAGACAAGAAGUACAUCAACACUGCUGUCUAGAGUAUCUUACAUUACAUAAAUGCAACCGCUAACAUCAUAGAAGCCUUUAGGAGGACUCUCGGGUAAUGUUACCGCAUCGAAGCUUCUCUUGUGGCCAGUUGUGCUUGUUGUUAGCCGGUUAGCUUCCCCGGCUAAUGAAAGUUGCUUGAUGUCGACCUAUGGGCCGAGCAUGACCAUAUAUGGCCUGCUGCUCACCGGUCACACGUAAACAAAAAAGUAGCCUCAGAGGGGGAUUCAUACCCUAGAAGUCAACUUAAUGUUCCGACAUGUCAUCAGAUCAGAUCAUCGCCAUUGUCAUGGAGGACAAGAUCUACGAGGUGAACAAAAGGAAGCUGAUCGAGAAGAGCGACUACUUCCGUGCGCUGUACAGCUCCGGCAUGAGGGAGUCCACGGAGGACUCCGUGCAGCUGCGGGGCCUCAGUGUCCCCGGCCUGGAGCUGGUCCUGGAAUUCAUCAACACCUCCAAAGUGGAGAUUUCCAACGAGACCCUGGAGGACUUGAUAGAGACGGCCUCCUUCCUUCAGGUCACCUCCAUCCUCAAGCUCCUCAGCGCUGAGAUCCGCCUGGAUAACUGCGUGGAGCUCUACGGCCUCUCUGAGGUUUACGGGACGCACGACCUGCGUCACGCCUGCCUCAAGUACAUGAGCUGCCACUACCACCGCAUGAUGAGGCGGCCGGAGUUCGGCAACCUGGCCUCCGCCGUCAGGGACCAGGUGAGAGAGAUGCGCAUGAGAGGCGCCGCCACCCUGGUGGCCAUCGGGGACUUCACCUGCCUGUGUUUGGACGUGCCAGAUCAGGACGAGCCCUGGACCAUGCUGAGGUACGGAGAGGAGGAUCAGCGCUGGAAGCCUCUGGCCAACAACCUGCCUCAGGACAUGAUCAACGUCAGAGGCUACGGCUCGGCCGUCCUGGACAACUACCUCUUCAUCGUGGGGGGGUACAGGACCACCAGCCAGGAGAUCUCUGCCGUGCACUGCUACAACCCCUGCAGGAACGAGUGGAACCAGGCGGCGCCGCUCAACCAGAAGAGGUCCAACUUCAAGCUGCUGGCCGUGCAGGGGAAGCUGUACGCCGUGGGGGGGCAUUGUCUGGGCACGGUGGAGUGUUACAGCCCCGAGAACGACUUCUGGACUUGUGUGUCUUCCAUGCCGGACCCGCUGGCCGAGUUCUCAGCCUGCGAGUGCCAGGGGAUGAUCUACGUCAUGGGCGGGUACACCGCACGAGAAAGGAACACCAACCUCCUCCGUUACUGCCCCACUUCCGACACCUGGACGGCGUUCCGACCAUGCUCGGUGCACAUCCGCAAGCAGCAGAUGCUCUCGGUGGAGGACACCAUCUACUUGGUGGGAGGCUACACCCACGAACUGGACCACACGCCGCCGCCGCACCAGCAGCAGCAUCAUCAGCAGCAGCAGCGGCGCCCCAGCCAGACGGAGGACGUGCUCACCGUGCAGUCCUACAACGUCGCCACCGGCGAAUGGCUCCACCUGAAGGAGAACACGUCCAAGUCGGGCCUGAACCUGACGUGCACGCUGCACAACGACGGCAUCUACAUCAUGAGCCGCGACGUCAGCCUGCCCACCAGCCUGGAGCACCGCGUCUUCCUCAAGUACAACAUCUUCUCCGACGCCUGGGAGGCCUUCCGACGCUUUCCGGCGCUGGGACAGAACAUGCUGCUGUGCUCGCUUUACCUCCCCAGCGUGCUGUGAUGGGAGGAUGACGGGAGGAUGACGGGAGGAUGAUGGAGGACGCCAGGGAACCUUGCUUGCACUUUCCAUUUCGUGCUGCAGACCAAAGGAGCCUGCUACUGGACCAUGCUAACUUCCUUAGCAUGAGCAGAGGUUGCUUUUGGCACGAAUGGGACUAUGCCGCUUUUGUUUGACACGUCCAUCAUUCCUCGUCAGGGAGAAUUCAGACGUUUCCUGUCGUAUUUGGAAUUGGAAAUAUUACAUCAUUUUAACACACAUGACGUCGCUAUCAUUAUAUGCAGUAUAAUCAAGUAUUAUUUAAAACAAUAUGUUGACAUAUUAUAAGAAUGGAAAUAAGUAUACAUUACGUAAUAAUAAUAGUAUUCCACAUUGUCUUGCACAUGUGCCUUCUCCUUUGGGAAUUUAAUCCAAAAACCAAAAAGCAAGCACAAAAUUGCCAGCAAAAGACCAAAAAUGCUGUUUCUACUUUUGUGUGUUCAAAUAACAAAUUAUUUUUCACUUGACAUUUUGGCUUCAACGCUUCCUUUUGUUCGUAUUCAUCUUGUUUGACACUUUGAUGGCAAUAAAGUUGGUGUUCAGGGGCCUCUGCUGUCAAUCUGUCCCUAUUUUAAACCCUUGGCGCGUUCCAAUGUGUCAGAAUGGAUGCACAUUGGCGUGAAAUACGUGUGGCGGCCGCCAGGGGGCGGCAGACACCACGCAGGAAUAACAGGGUCUAAUUCAACGUAACGACCCCUGGGAAUGGAUUUUUGUACGUUUUGGAAAAUGUCCACCCAAAAUGUUUAUGAUGAUGUCACCCAUCAUUAAAAGUGUCCGAGU